AUGAACUCAUUUUUCGAUGGUUACCUUGGUCCAAAGACAAAUUUGAAAAAAUUUGUAGAGAAAUUUGAACGUGCAACGAGGGACAAGGCAGAGAAAGAGACUGUAGUUGAUGCACAAACGUGUUCCAAAUUGAUUCCUAGUGCUACAUUUUUUGAAAUGGAAACACAGAUGCAGGGGCUGUAUACUUUGUCGAAGUUUAAAGACUUUCAAAAUGAACUGACCUCAAAAAUGUAUUGUGAACUUAUUAAACAAGAAGAGGAUCCUCUCGGAACAUUUAAGUAUGUUACUCAUGCAAGUGUGUGGAUCGAAGGGAUUGAUGGGCAAAAGAUUCAAAAGCAAAUGAACUUUGAUGUGAUCUUUUAUUCAAAUAAUUGUGAGGUAUCUUGUAGUUGUCGGAUGUUUGAGUUUGAAGGAAUGCUAUGUAUACAUGCUCUCAAUGUAUUAAUUAGGCAUGAAAUCAAGUUGAUACCUGAUAAGUAUAUAAAAACAAUAUGGAGGAAAGAUGUGAAGAGGUCUCACACAAGUAUGAAAGCUAAUACUGGGUUUUGGCAAAACAGUGUUGAGCGUGAUCGUUAUAAUAACUUGAGUAUUAUUUUCAGUGAGGUUGCGACAUGGAAAUAUUGUGGAUACUAUACAGUGGAUGUUGACGAUUCGGUAGUCACGGAUGUGCUUAAUCCUGAGGAUAAAACUAAAAGACCAGGCAAACCACGAAUUAAUACGUAUAAAGCUACAUGGAAACGUAACAAGAAGAAUCCUAUAGCUGACAAUAGUGGGAAUGCAUGUAAUCAAGAAGAUGGUUUGGUAUUUGUUGAUGUACCUGUACCAAAGACUAAAAAACGAGGCAGACCACCGGGCAGUAAGAAUAAAAAUCCUAAAACAACCAAUUUGGGGGGAGAUGGAAAUGUGCAGGAAUUCAAUGGAGCAAAUUCUUUUCGUGCUCAAUAG